AUGCUGUUGUCGGGCGAACACCUGCAGUCUCACACGGCGCACAACAUCGAUGACAGACGGUGGACGUCGUGGCGUGCUAGCCUUUCUCGCCGGUCGUCGGACAGCUGGGCCUCCUCCCUCCCAACACCUGGGGCCUGGUCGAUGCGCAGGAGGGACGUGCGAUGGGUUCGGAUUGAGGGGAGCAUCAUGUGCGUCCUGCUCUACUAUAGCGGAGACUCCUCUUCACUGCUAAUGUAUAUGCGCGCGCCUCUGUUUUGUUGGUCGCUUCCGCAGCAAGCAGUCGCCGCUGAGAUUCGGGCCGAGAGAAAGUGGAACGCGUCACGAUGCACGGCACUGCCAGAUGCAAGCGCGACGUCCUCGUCGGGGAGAGGCAAAGACCUGGAUAGCUUUCAGCGACCACGUACGCGGAUAGGCAGAGAGUCCAUCUUCCGCUCCAUUCCGUUCGAGGCGAAACACCACCUCACGCUCACCAGUGGCACUGCUGACGACGCCGUGUUGGGACGUUACACCCGCCAUGCCUUCCGUAGCUCUCAGCUGAACACUAAGCGGUCCGCUCCUGUACUCAAUCGAGGCUGGGGACCAUCCCACAUCGGAAAGCGCGCUGGAUGGGGAUCACAAGGAGCUACGCACGAGAGCGAUCUCCAUGCGGAUCCGCGGGACAUCGGCGACUCGGGGAACGCGGACGCUCCGGACGAGUCGGGGAGCAUCCUUGACUCGGGUGACGACUGGGUCAGUCUGCGCUCGGCUAGAUCUCCUCUCGUUCAUGUCAGCCCGGGCAGCCAACGUUCCGCUGCGUCCAGCUCGACGCUUGACGAAGCCACUCUGCGGUCGCAUGCGCGGCCGUCUGUUGGCGGUGGUAGUUUCUGGCAGUUCUCCCCUCUGCUUCACGUACCGCCCGGGGAUGCCGCACCUCACAGCCGCCCUGCUCCUGCCAUCAGAGCCGCCGCUCCCACUUCCGAGGUGAACGUCGGGAUGUCGUUCGACUUCGGAUCCGAGACGCGCCCUCUGCGACUCGCGGCCCAGGAUGACGCGGUGCCCGUGCGCCCACCCGCCGCGCUGCAGCUUUCGGGCUUCGACGCGGAACCGCGGCUCGACUCGGGGACGCCGAGCGCGGGAUGUCCGUUCUUCGAGCCUCGGUGGCACUACACGCGUCGCGACCGCGACGGCAACACUGUCAGCGUGCGCGCUCAGACCGCCUCCCUCGCUCCGGUUCUCUCGACGGCGGGCUGUCGCGUGCACCCCUCAAGGCUGAACACCAUGAGGCACUGCGUCCUGGACAUCCAGUACGCUGGGGUGAAAGCUCAGCUGGCCGUCUUCUGUAGGCGGCAGGCCGCCACGGACGUUUGA